GUUAUGAAGCCUUUCACAACCUGUAACUGGUUUUAAUUUGUUUAUUGUACAGGCGUGGGAGAAAUCCCAAUUACAGAAACCAACCGAUUUUUCUCACGGAUGAAUAUAAACAUUCCACCUCUUUUUUUCUUUCAAGUUAUUCUGAUAAAUAGGUAGAGUUUUUUUCUCUCAUCUUUCAUUAGGGAUGACAAUUGGGAAAUAUAUGAAAUACAAGAUAGGGGAUUGCUUGAACCAUAUACAGAAAUAAGAAGAAAAAAGCGCGUCACAGUGCAUUUUGCUUUUAUUCCCGUUUUGUCCGAGUUUAUUUGGGUCAAUAAAUACGCUUUUUUUUUUGUCCAUACAUUACUUACGUCUUCUUUCUUAUAUUUUUUUUUACAUAUAAAUCAAAUAAUGGCUUACCUCGCAAAAAGUUUCUCUGCUACUGCUCGUCCCUUGACUGCCAUGAGCAGAUCCAUGUUUCCAAAAGCUACUAUCAAUAGAGCUAUGGGUCCUUUGGCUUUAAGAUAUAUGACUACCGCCGCAACUCAAGUCGCCUGUCAUGACGUAGAGCCCACUUUUUUACAAUCCGUUGAAAAGUACUAUGAUCAUGCUGCCAGCCUGAGUGAUGUUCAAACUCACACACUUGCUCAUCUUCGUGCUGUUGAUAGUGUCCUCCGUGUCACUUUUCCUAUCGAAGUUGAAAACGGCAAAUAUGAAGUCAUCGAAGGUUAUCGUGCUCAGCAUUCUCGUCAUCGUUUGCCUGUAAAAGGUGGUAUUCGUUUCUCUGAGGAAGUUGACUUACAGGAAGUUGAAGCUCUGGCUUCGCUCAUGACGUAUAAAUGUGCAGUUGUUGAUGUUCCUUUUGGUGGUGCCAAGGGUGGUAUUAAAAUUGAUCCUAGUAAGUACACUGUUGCUCAAUUAGAAAGAAUUACUCGUCGUUAUACCAUGGAGUUGUGUCAGAAGAAGUUUAUUGGUCCUGGACUUGAUGUGCCUGCCCCUGAUGUUGGUACUGGACCCAGAGAAAUGGCGUGGAUUAUGGACACUUAUGCUCAAUUCAAUGUGGGAGAUGUUAAUGCCGCUGGUUGUGUUACCGGAAAACCAUUAUCCAUGGGAGGUGUUCGUGGUCGUAACGAAGCCACUGGUUUGGGCGUUUUUUAUGGUAUCCGUGAAUUCCUCAGCUAUCCCGAAGUUCAAAAGAAGACGGGACUUAGUGGCAACAUGGCGGACCGUACCGUGAUUGUACAAGGUUUCGGUAACGUUGGUUUCCACGCCGCCAAAUUUUUUGAGGAAAACGGUGCUAAAGUUGUAGGAGUGGGUGAAAGAGAUUGUGCUAUUUAUGACCCCAAGGGUUUAAAUGUGGAAGAGCUUCACAAGUAUUAUCGUGCCAAUCGUACUUUCCGUGGCUACUCUAACACCGCUCAAAUUUUGGAAGAAUCCACCAAGAUUCUUGAAGCAGAGUGUGAUAUCCUUGUACCUGCUGCUCUUGAACGUCAAAUCGGUAUGCGUAACGUAGCCAACAUUAAGGCCAAGAUUAUUGGUGAAGGAGCCAAUGGUCCUGUUACUCCUGAUGCCCAUGCUGCUUUAGAAGCCUCUGGUAAAGUUGUCAUUCCCGAUUUACUCUUGAACGCAGGCGGUGUCACAGUAUCUUACUUUGAAUGGCUCAAGAAUUUAUCCCAUGUUCGCUUUGGUCGUAUGAACAAGAAGUGGGAUGAACGUGCACGUUCUAAGGUAGUCGCACUUGUUGAGGAAAACGCAGGUCGAUCCUUGACAGAGGCAGAACGUAAAGCUAUUGUGCAUGGUGCUGAAGAAGCCGAUUUGGUUUACUCAGGUCUCGAAGAUACCAUGAUUCAAGCUUGUCAAGAAACCAGACAGACUGCUAAUCUUAAGCAAGUGGAUUUCAGAACCGCUGCCUAUGUCAACGCUAUCCAAAAGAUUGCUGCUGUUUAUGAAGGAUCUGGUAUGCUCUUCAUGCAUUAACUCAUUUUUUUAAAAAAAACUUUAAUUUUGUAUUACCUUAUCCCCACACCUUUUUUUUUUUCAAACAAAUACAACUUCUUCUACCUACGAUACUGUUCAUAAUUUGUAAAUUGGAUGUAU